GGUCACCUGUGUCGCACGUCCUCAGUCGCAAAGCGGCCGCGUCGCGCGCCACCCGUCUCCAACACCUAUAUUAUGACAGUGACGUGAUGGAAGGCAAAGAGUUUGGUGCGAAGCUUCCCGCCGGGCUGGAUUACUUCAUGAUGCCGCGCGUAACGCAGACGGCGCCGCAGUUCGAUUUUAGAAAAUUAGGCGCCAGUUUCAGUGGCCGCGAUGAUGAGAAACACGACGAGCCCGAGUAUCCUCAGGAGCGUCGCGAGCCGCCUCCCGCGCCCUGGCCGCUGGGACUCGGGGUGCAAUUCGUCAACCCCGCGACUGGCAAGAAAAGAGUGCAGUGCAACGUUUGCCUUAAGACUUUUUGCGAUAAAGGCGCCCUUAAGAUUCACUUCUCGGCGGUUCACCUCAGGGAAAUGCAUAAGUGUACAGUGGAGGGGUGUACCAUGAUGUUCAGUUCGCGUCGUUCUCGUAACCGCCACAGUGCUAACCCUAAUCCUAAAUUGCAUUCGCCGCAUGUGAGACGUAAGAUAUCGGCGCAUGACGGUAGAUCGUCGCAGCCGUUCCCGCUCCUGCCGGCUCUGGCGCGUCUCCCGCUACCACCGCCAGCGCUUCUCCCGCCAGAGCUGGCGUCACGUCUUCCACACCCACUGGCCCCGCCGCCUGGACACACACACCUGCCCCCGCGAGUGCCUCUCGAUGAUCUCCGUAACUUCAGUGAAAUAGAAAAAAUGUAUAGAAAAAUACCAUCGCCAGAAAAUUACACACGUCACCCGUUAGACCUCGCUCGAUCGUCGGCUUCGCGCGAGGAGACCUCGAAUAAUUACGUCGAUAAUAACGAGGACGGCUCGGAAGAUGAGAACUGUCAAAAGCCUAAAAUUGAAAACGAGUGCCCUAAAGAGGAAACGUCUUGUUACAAUGACGAACCCGAAGAUCUGAGUGUAAAUAAAAAGAAAAAUAUAGAGACUGCACCUGUCGUGCUCACAGACUCUAGUGGUCGUACAGAGCCAGCCACUUCGGAUGACAAGUCGUCGCUGGUGCCUAACAAGCGGAAAAGAAAGAGCGGCAAUCCAACGAGAUGCUCACAGAGUAACGAGUAUAGUGCUUCCGACGAAGAAUACAAUAGUGAUUUAUUUAGGAAUCUAUCUACUACUAGUCAUGUAGAAGAAGAGCCCUUGUCCUUAAAAAAACAGAAACCUGAGAAAUGGGAGCCCUUUCAGAACUCCGAAGAACCGGUUGUGAACGCGGAAUCACUCAAAGUGAAGGCUGAGAGUGAAUCGGACGACGAGUCCAGUGCGCCCAGCGUCGUGCGUGAGGGUCUGAGGCUGAGAUCAGAUCUGUAUACACCCAGUGAUAGCGGGAGCGAUUUACACACGAUCGAGGAGAGACUCGCCCGAGUGAGGUCACCGUCCGCCAGCAGUGACAGGACAGACGAUAGGAACGACGUGAACGAUCUCGAAAUACCCAUAGACGAAGAGAACCCAGAUAGGUGCACCGCCUGCGGUAAAAUAUUUCAGAACCAUUUCACACUACGCAUGCACUACAGGAACGAUCACCUGAAGCUACUCCACCCGUGCGAUGUGAGUGGCUGCGACGCCGCCUUCCCCUCGAGGCGGAGUCGCGACAGGCACAGCUUGAAUGUAGAUCUCCACAGACGACUGCUGUCCACUGGGUCGCCUCAGAACCCAGACCAAAGGCCGGCGUUCGAGGUGAACGCUGAAUUGUUGAAUAAAUUAUACGCCGACAUAAAAGGGCUCGCGUCAACCCUCGAGACCUUGAGAUACGGCGAAGAGUCUUCCCAAGUUCCUAGCUAUGUCUCCGAGACAAUGAAGUUUUAUAGUAGAAACUUGACGGCUCUGCAGGCGGGUCUGUUUCCGCAGCUUGAUCGAGGUUUUUUUCCGAGCCCCUUUCUGAUGAACGGCGCCCCUCAGCCCGGGGGCCUGUAUGCCCCGGGAGCUCAGUCGACUCGAGAGUCCCUGUCGCCGCUGUCCGCCUCAUCUCCCCCGGUAAUAUCUCCGGGACGACUGGACGCAGCUCACGCCCGGCCCCGGGAUGACGCCAAGCUGCUUUUUCGGGAGACCUCGGAGUCCUUCAAGAAGAUGACCUCGCUCUGUGAGCGCCAGGAACAGCUAUAUCAGCACCACGUUCCUGUAUCAUGACGCUACCCGUACAAUCCGCGCUCGUCGUGGUGAUUCAUGUAAAAAUCUCGUAGACUUUGUAUAUUUAAUUGUUAAUAAUUAUAACUGUGUUAAUAUUUUCUAUCGUAUUUCGUUUUUGUAUAUUUCUUGUGAUAUUUAGACAAAUAUAUCGUCAUCGUCGAUCCCACGAACUGUAAGUUAUAGGGGCAUGCUUGGGUGUGUGUUGGCGUUUGUGAAGUGCAAUACGGACUCGGUUAUUAAAAAUAUGAUGUGACUCGCAGGAUGUCCUAUCAUGUAGAGUAUUAUUAAUUGAUGUUGAAAGUAAACCUUAUUAUGAUUGGCUUCAUUUAUUGUUCUGGCGCAAUAAACUCAUUGAGGUAAAAGUA